AUGUCUGUUCCUAACUUCGGAGACAUCGCCAAGUCGGCCAACGACCUUCUCAACAAGGACUUCUACCACCUCUCUGCCACCACCUUCGAGCUCAAGAGCAACACCCCCAACAACGUUGCCUUCAAGGUCACCGGCAAGAGCUCCCACGAGAAGAGCACUGCUGGAGCUAUCGAGGGCAAAUACUCCGACAAGUCUACCGGCCUGACCCUUACCCAGACAUGGAACACCGCUGCUGCCCUUGACACCAAGGUCGAGCUCGCCGACAGCCUCGCCAAGGGCCUGAAGGCUGAGGGUGUCUUCUCCUUCCUGCCCUCCGCCGGCGAGAAGGCCGUCUCCAAGAAGGGUGCCAAGUUCAACCUUACCUUCAAGCAGAGCAACUUCCACAGCCGCGCUUUCUUCGACCUUCUGAAGGGCCCCACCGCCAACAUCGAUGCCGUUGUUGGCCACGAGGGCUUCCUCGCCGGUGCUUCUGCUGGCUACGAUGUCCAGAAGGCCUCCAUCACCGGCUACGCCGCCGCCGUCGGCUACCAGGCCCCCACCUACAGCGCUGCCAUCACCGCCAGCGACAACCUCAGCCUCUUCGCUGCUUCUUACUACCACAAGGUCAACAGCCAGGUUGAGGCUGGUGCCAAGGCCACCUGGAACUCCAAGGCCGGUAACAACGUCGGCCUCGAGGUCGCCAGCAAGUACCGCAUUGACCCCGUUUCCUUCGCCAAGUUCAAGGUCAACAACAACGGUGUUGCCGCCCUUGGCUACAAUGUCCUCCUCCGUGAGGGUGUUACCCUGGGUCUUGGUGCCUCCUUUGAUACCCAGAAGCUCGACCAGGCUACUCACAAGCUUGGCGCCAGCUUCACCUUCGAGGGCUAA